CAAGCAGGCUGCAUCCCUCUUCGAUAUUCGCAAUUCGAGAGUAUGGGACUACCGCCAUGGGAGACCAGCGACAGCCAGCUGUUUGCUUUAAUAACAGGUGCAAAUAGUGGUCUAGGCUAUUCAAUUGCUGCUCGCAUGAUCGACGAGUUUAUCACAACUCCAGGUACUUCUCCCAAGAAGCAUCUAAUUCUCAUCCUCUGCACACGUUCACCCAUGAAAACACGCUUCACGAUCUCAAGACUCCGCGCACAUCUUAGGAAACAAGCCGAUUACUCUCCAUAUGCCGCCAAGCAACGAGCGAAGAUGGAGGAACAAGGCGCCGAGUACAAAUGGGAAGACACAGUGCAGCGUGUACACCUUGUAGGUGUCGAAGCCGACCUCUGUAACCUCAAAAGCGUGUAUGCAUUGGCAGACAAGCUAGUCAAUGGUACCGUUGGAAGUCCAGACGCCACGACGAUGGAUGGCCUCAAGCUACCUCACGGGUCACCAGGAACACAAAGCUACUCGAAAGACAUCCAGCAAGAUACAUGGGCUUUGAGUCAGAAGCCGGGGUCAAUCGGUGCUCAAAGAGCGUGGGGCUGGGGCCUGAGUGGACUACGCAUACCGAGACUUGAUGCUGUCAUAUUGACUGCUGGAAUUGGUGGUUGGAAGGAAGGCUGGAGAGGGCUUGAUUGGCCACUUGCUAUCAAGACUGUGCUCUUCGACACCAUUGAAGCAGUAACUUGGCCAACAUACAAGCUUGCGGAUAUCGGAGCUGUGGUAAAAUCGCAGCUGUCUUCGAACUCCGAGUCCUCAGUAAGUGAGGAUACUCAGCCUUUACUCGACAAUCAACAGAAGGUUGUGGAGCCUCCUCUGAGCUCAGUGUUUUGUUCUAAUGUUUUCGGCCAUUAUAUACUUGCCCAUGAGCUUAUGCCACUUCUUUCUCGGCCAGCUUCAUCUGCAUCAACCUCAGGAGGCAAGAUUGUUUGGGUGUCCAGUGUCGAGUCAUUAGAAGAACAAUUUUCCUUGGACGACAUACAAGGUCUGAAGAGCACGCAUCCUUAUGAGAGUUCGAAACGCCUCAUAGACUACAUCUCUUUGACUUCCGAAUUGCCAUCUGUUCAGCGAAUUUCGGCUCCAUACUUUGACCCCUCAAAUACUACAACAGCAUCCAAGGAGAAUCAGGCAAUCCCAAAAAUAUCAUUGGUCCGGCCUAAGAUGUAUCUAACGCAUCCUGGAAUCUUUGCAUCUGAUAUCAUGCCCCUUCCCGGUUUCCUUGUUUUUAUCUACAAACUAGUCUUCUACUUUGUAAGGUGGAUAGGAAGUCCUUGGCAUCCUAUUGAUCCUUAUAAGGCUGCUGUGGCACCUGCUUGGAUUGCCCUCACCGAUCCCGAUGCUUUGGAUGACAUGGAUGGGCAUGGUCUAGCAAAACACAAAUGGGGAUCUGCCACAGACACUGGUGGAGAAGAGAGGGUGAUGAAGACAGAAGUGCCGGGCUGGGGAUGGAAUGGUGAGAUAGGAGAGAUCGAUGCAGAGAAGCGGAAAGGGAGAAAGAGGAGCACAGCAGACGCAACCAAAGAAUCUAGGGAAGAUUUCGAGAUCACGGGAGCCAAGUGCUGGUCUGAAAUGGAGAAGUUGAGAGUGGAAUGGGAGAGCAUUCUAGGAGUCAAAGGAAGCAACGGCCAAGGUAGAUAAUCACAUUGUGUUUCCUGUACGACCGAGUAAGUAAUGUAAACAUCACCCACAGCUUUUUAAUCUUCAGUUUCUGCACAUGCAUUUAUUCUUUCGUGUGUACUGGCAUUCGAUUUUAUGCACAUUUCCUG